GCUAGUAUUUUUUUAGGGUUUAGGGUUUUGUGCUAUUUCCUUUAUAGUUUGCUUACCAUUUCAACACAAUCCUACAUACAUCCUCGGAGGCUUUUAUUAUCAUCUUCUGUUUGGCCUUUUUGGUGGCUGAAAUUGAGCCAAGUCCUUGGGCCAUUUAUUGGGUCACUGUCCUUGCCAGUUCUUGUGAUUCUGAUUGGCUUUGAAAUGUCUUCUUGUUUGAGUGGAGGAGGCCGGACUUAUGGGUUCGAUCUUGAUAUUGUUAAAUCGACAUCUACUUCUAGUAGAACUUCACAUUCGUCAUCUCCGUCUUCUACACUCUCAGAAUCAAGUAAUUCCCCAAUUACAAUUUUACAUCGAAAGCCUCGAACCCCUCGAAAGAGACCAAACCAAACCUACAAUGAAGCAGCUCUGCUUCUAUCGACAGCAUACCCCAAAAUAUUCCCCACCAAACACCUCACAAAGCUUUGCAAAUCUAGUAAAUUAUACAGCAGUUUUGUGGAUGAGGCUCAAGAAUUACUCCUACCCUUUCGAACUAUAGACAAUUCUGGUUUUUUACUCCAUCAGCCAAUCCUAGAAAAACGCAUUCUUGGUCUUGUGCCCAAAGUUGUAGAUUCUUGUGAAAGGGUGUGCCACAGUCCCCAAGAUAGCGAUUUGUGUGGGAAUUCGUUGGAAAUUUGUGAUGAGCAUCAAGAUGAUUUCGAUGCAGAGUCGAUACUGGAUGAAGAAAUUGAAGAAGGCAUUGAUAGCAUCAUGGGGAAUCUAAGUGUGAACAAUGAUAGUGCAAGUGAUGAGUCCACCAGUACUACUUGCAUUGGUUAUCCCCUGGGAUUGGGAUUUAGUGGUAAUUUUGAUUAUGGUUUCGGAAUGAGAGGGGGAGGAGUAAGGGCAUUGAGGGAUGCUGAUGAAUCAAAUUGGUGGAGCUUUCCUGCAGUAGAUGUGGCUGACAUCACACCCAAUUUUAAGAAAACACCAUCAGCAGCAGCACAAAAGAAGAAAAAGAAGGUUAAGAAAAUUGUGGAAUUGAAGUAUUUAGAUAGUCCUCCUGUCCAUAAUCCUGUUGCUGCUGAAGAAGAGCUACCGAUGUUGAGCGGAGGGCCACGGCUGAAAUUAAAUUAUGACAAAGUAUCAGAAGCUUGGUCGGACCGGAGGUCCACAAGUGACAUAUAUGUAGGUUUAUCCACCAGUACUUCUUCCAGGAAAUCUAGGUCCAAAAAAGUUCAAACUAUCAGCAUAUAACUGUGCCCGUUAUAUUAGUUAGCUGCUAUUUUUGUUCAGUGCACAACUGUGUAUCAAUGUAUGUGCUUUACACUUGAGUAUCAAUAAAGUUGAUUGGUCAGUUAUUCAUCUCAAA